AUGAGGGGUGAGCCGCUUGCUGAUGAUUUUCAUUUGGCCCGAGAAAAUGCCCCUGGUCUGUAUCUGUGCCCAUUCAUCUUUGAAAGGGCGAUGCAUCGUGAUAUGCACGCCUUUCUCGACCGAAUCGAGCUCUUCGAUCUUAUAGGAGCCUUUAUUCACAUUAGACUCGAUCACAGCGACGGAGUAUUUAAUAACGCCAGACCCAGCGCUCGGACCUCGGGCUGCCAGCAGGUCCUAGGAGCUAUGGUCAUAGAUGGCGGCAAGGGAUGUCCUGCGGCAGACUCGAAGUUUCCGGAUGAUGGAUCCCAGCCCUUGACGGGUCCCGGUGAUUACAUCGUGGGCGCAUAG